AUGACCUACUUUCCGCCGGAUGAACUGAUUGCUUGUAUUCGGCACGAAUUGCACGCCGAAGAUGAGACUGGUCUUUGUGAUAAACUCUUCCCGCCAUUGGAUCGACGAGCCAAAUUCGGCGGUGUUCCGUUGGGUUUCCGCACGCAUUACGAUGAGCACGAUGAUGAGCAACAAUUCUAUAUAGAUUUGGUGGACGAGGAUGAGCAACUAGGCACGUCAUCCAUUAUUGAACAACGUCUUCGAGCAAGGACACAGGAUUCGGAUACGGAAAACCAGAGGCCGAUCGUUCCAAUAUUCACCUCAACUCUGUUACCAAUCGUCGAUUCGCCCAUCGUGAAAGCGAAUCCAACUGAAAUGAGGGAAUUGGAGACUUUGCCCGACGAGAAUCCGUGGACGAUCUUCAGCAAAUUCGAAGCAUCAGCCGGUCAACGAAUGUGCUGUCUUUUGGAGAUAAUCUACGUUCCGCGAGCGUCCACGGAGCAACGAGUCGAGUUUAAGGUUUCCGUUGUGGCGAAUGCGAAAAUCUGGCAAGUGAUCGGUGUUUGCUGUCUCGUAUAUCAUCGAGAAAGUGCCACGAUUCUGGGUGGUGAACCCUCAGAUUAUGAGUUGUAUAUCACCGACGAUGGAGAGGUCGAAUCCGACUUUCCGCCCCUCGAAACAGCUCGAUCGAUCGGGGAAUUGGGUUUUCGAUCUUUGGCGUUGAUCCCGCGGAAAACCGGCGAGAAACAACAUCGAGUCACCGUAUAUUUCACCACUGGCGAGCAAUACGUUUUCGAGUUGGAGCAUUUGGGACAGACCAUCGGCUGGUUGCGGGAGAAAGCGAUCGAGAGGAGAUUGCAAGGAAUGAACGAUGAGGAAAAAGAGCGACUGUAUUUGGUCCCCGAAUACACGAUCGAGACGGCCAACGGAUUCGACGUGAAAUUGAACGCCGAGCAAACGAUCGAAAGCACGCAUUCGAUUGAUUUCGUGAUGUAUCGACGAAAUAAGUUCCCCAUCGGUCCAAGUAACUCUUCCUCAUCUCCAAAUAUCUCUCCGCAUCUUCCACAAACGUCGUCAAUUUUCCUUGAAUGGAAUGUGGAACGAGUGCACAAAUUCAAGCCAAAACACGGGAUUACAUUGAGGUUACAAGGCGAGGGUCUCGAGAUGAAUACACGAGAUGAGAGACGGAGAUCGAUUAUGGGACCGACAGUGAGAAAGAACUUCCUCGUUCCAUGGGCUCAUAUCUGCCAUGCAAGCUGCCAAAUGCAACGAAUCAAAGGAAACGGUGAGACUGCACCGAUCAUCCGAAUCGAAACCCUCCAACAAAUCGAGGAGAAACGCCUUACGAAUCGAGAACUGACUCUUGAGGGUAUUGUUCAACACCACUCGAGCUCAACUUGGAAGUCGAUCAACUUGCAAUGUGAAACCAUUGAAAUGGCUGAAGACAUUGUGCGACAUCUAGAGGUGGAAAUCGUCGAACAUCAAACGAUUGGAUGGAAAGUUUGGCAACACAGUGCUGACGGGGCACGAAAGCCAGUCAUGGCCGCAGAAUUAGCGCUAAUCGAAGAAGAUGGACCAAUCCCUACGCACACAACAAGGUCUGGGAAAAGAAAUUUCAAACUCGCGGGGACAAUCCGGCGGAUGCUCAGUGUACAAAAAGAC